AACAUGACUUUAGACACGAGGUUUCUGUAUCCACCUACGCGCAUGUGGUAAUCUGUGAAGCAGCAGCGGGUCUCCGGACGGAUGUUUGCGGUCGCCGAGCUCAGACGCGGAGCAGACGCGCAGUGACGGGACCCGGUAAGCCGCCAGGAUUUUGGCUACGCCGGAGAUCAUCAGUUCAUCAUGGUGUCCGUGAAGCGCUGUAAGAAGGCGUUUGUCGACUCCGUGGCUCUUCUGUUGUAUCUGGUUGUGUUGUGCGAGGCUCAGAAUGACACUGAGCCCAUCGUCCUGGAGGGCAAAUGCCUGGUGGUUUGUGACUCGAACCCCGCCGACUGGAAGAGCUCGUCCUCGCCGCUUGGCAUCUCCGUGCGCGCCGCCAACUCCAAAGUAGCUUUCUCUGCAGUGAGGAGCAACAACCACGAGCCCUCCGAGAUGAGCAAUAAAACCAGAAUCAUCUAUUUCGACCAGGUUCUUGUCAACAUAGGAAACUAUUUCACAUUGGAAUCUGUCUUUCUUUGUCCCCGGAAAGGAGUCUACAGCUUUAACUUCCACGUUAUUAAAGUGUACCAGAGCCAGACUAUACAGGUGAAUUUAAUGCUAAAUGGAAAACCAGUCAUCUCUGCCUUCGCCGGCGAUAAAGACGUGACGCGUGAAGCCGCCACCAACGGAGUCCUUUUGCACCUGAAUAAAGAAGACAAGGUUUAUCUGAAACUGGAGAAGGGGAAUCUGGUAGGCGGAUGGCAGUACUCCACCUUUUCUGGCUUUCUUGUUUUCCCACUGUAAAGCAGAAAACAGAAAGAGCACCACCUUUUCUGUCCCGUCGUCAUUGUGUAAUCGGCCCUUCAGCAUUAAUCAGAGGCCCUUUAAAUGGAGUCAUAAUUCCAGACAUUCAUUCGGCUGUUGUCUAUGGACUACUGGGAAAAAUGCAUCAAUGGCGGUGAAUCUGGAGAAAGAGGACAU